AUGAAAAAAAGAAUACUGAAGACAUUAGAAGGAACAAUUUUUAAAGAUUCAGAAAUCGCAGAAAUUUCUGCUGCUCCAGGUGGUGUUCAGGUGGAAUUUACUCCUGAACGUCCAUAUCAUUCUCAAGAGGUAGAAAAUCUAAUCACUUUAUUAGCACGAUCCAUUCCUGAUCCUACAGAAAAACGGAAUAAGUUGAAAGAUAUGAGUUUUGUUUUUGCUGUUGAUCAUUGUUUCACAAUUACUGGACAAGGUACUAUUCUGACGGGAACUGUUCUCUCCGGUACUACAAGUGUUGGUCAGACAAUUGGUCUACCGUUACAACGAAUUCAAAAGAAGAUUAAAUCUAUCCAACGCUUUCGUCAACCAAUUCAAUCUAUUGGACCAGGUGAUCGUGCUGGUAUAUGCGUUCCCCAGUUGGAUCCCAGCUUAUUAGAACGUGGUCUUGUCGGUGAUUUAUCUUCAGAUGAUAAUUUAACCUUAUGUCAUGGUUGUAUAUUAUCUUGUGUUGAAAAAGUUCGUUAUUAUAAAAAUCCAGUGAAAAGUAAAUCUCGUUUACAUAUUUUUGUUGGUCAAGAAACUGUCCUGGCUAAUUUAACAUUCUUUAAUAAAAUAUCAUCUGCAAAAGUAGAAGAAGAAGAAGACAACCGCCUUACAAAUGGUUCUAGGGAAUACUGCACUUUUGAAAGAACAGCAAAAUAUCAAUAUAUUGAUGAAUUUUCUAGUGAUACAAAAGGUGAUAUUUACUUGUUAUUGGAAUUUGAACAUCCUGUUGUUUGUCCAAUGAAUGGUUUAGUUAUUGGCGCUAAAUUAGAUACCUAUUCGGUGACUAGUUGUCGUUUAGCACUACAUGGGCGUGUAGCAGUACAAUUAACAGAUUCAAAUUAUAAAUUAAAUAUUCUGAGUAAAUUACUUAUAUGUAAAUCUAAAACACGUCGUGGUCAAAUCGAGCGAGUUGUCAAUCCACGUGCGUGUAUUGUUCACGGGUUAUUUAAACGUGAAACCAAUUGGGAGAUAUUUGUUGGUUUACGCGCUUAUGUGAAUAUUAAAUCUUCUGAAAAAUGUCGUAUCAUAAAUGGUUAUAUUGAAUCAAGUUUUGGUCAAAGUGGAAAGUGUCGUCUAGCCUUAGAUGAUGAUCUUCCUGAAGAUGUUUUGGCUAUGUAUUCAACAAAAUCUGGAAGGAAAGCAUCCACUGAAAUUGAAACAGAAGUUAUACUUGAAUUUAAAAAGAACAUAUUUGAUCCACAACGUCGUCUUAUACAAUAG